AAGUAUGAACAAAUUCAUUACUACUGUCCAAAAUCAACCUUGCGUAAUCACAUGCGAACGCACUAGUCACUAGACAGAGACAAAAUCUGUCUGUAAGUGCAGUCUCAAAAGCAUAUUCCACCUGGUUCAUACUUUAUUUAUAUAACAAAAAACACAACCACACAUAAAUCAAACAUUAAUCUCAUCCAAAUUCACUCCCCUAAAUUCUUCAAACAAACCAUGUCUUUAGAGAACAAAACAAUCAAACCAGAAAUUCAUGUUCUAUUAGUAGCUUUUUCAGCCCAAGGUCACAUAAACCCAUUACUUAGAUUAGGCAAAUCACUAUUAACCAAAGGCUUUAAUGUCACACUUGCCACCACUGAAUUAGUCUACCACCGUGUCUUUAAAUCAACCACCACUUCAACCACCGCCGACAACGCCGUCCCCGCCUCUUACACCACCAAUGGAAUCAAUGUUCUGUUUUUCUCCGACGGCUUCGACAUAACCCAAGGUAAUAAAUCUCCUGAUGAAUACAUGGACCUCAUUGCUGAAUUUGGACCCAUUAGUCUAACAAAUCUCAUCAAAAACAAUUUCCUUAACAACACUAACAAAAAACUAGCUUGCAUUAUCAACAAUCCAUUUGUUCCUUGGGUAACAAAUGUUGCUUCUGAAUUCAAUAUCCCAUGUGCAUGUCUUUGGAUUCAACCUUGUACUCUUUACUCUAUAUACUAUCGUUUCUACAACAAAUUGAACCAAUUUCCAACCCUAGAAAACCCCGAAAUCGAUGUCGAAUUACCCGGUCUUCCGUUGUUGAAACCACAAGACCUACCAUCUUUUGUUCUUCCAUCAAAUCCUUUUGGAGCAUUAUCAAAUGUCUUAGCUGAAAUGUUCCAAGACAUGAAGAAACUAAAAUGGGUGUUAGCAAAUUCUUUCUAUGAAUUGGAAAAAGAUGUGAUUGAUUCAAUGGCUGAGAUUUUCCCAAUCAAAACUGUUGGUCCAUUGGUUCCACCAUCAUUACUUGGUCAAGAUCAAACACAAGAUGUUGGAAUUGAAAUGUGGAAAUCACAAGAUUCAUGCAUUGAAUGGCUUAACCAAAAACCACCAUCAUCAGUUAUAUAUAUCUCAUUUGGAAGUCUCAUUUUUUUAUCAGAAAAACAAAUGCAGAGCAUAGCAGAAGCAUUGAAGAAUAGUAAAAGAUAUUUUCUUUGGGUGAUGAAGAGUAAAGAAGGAGAAGCUCCAGUUACACUUCCUGAGAAAUUCUUAGUAGAAACAAAAGAAAAAGGAAUGGUUGUGUCUUGGUGUCCACAAACACAGGUUUUGGUUCAUCCUGCAAUAGCAUGUUUCUUAACACAUUGUGGUUGGAAUUCAAUGUUGGAAGCAAUAACAGCAGGAGUACCUAUGAUUGCAUAUCCACAAUGGACUGAUCAACCAACAAAUGCAAAACUUGUUUCUGAUAUUUUCGGUAUGGGGAUUCGGUUGAAACAGGACAGUGAUGGUUUUGUUAAGAGUGAAGAAGUUGAAAGAGCUAUUGGUGAGAUUGUUGGAGAAAGAUUUGAUGUGUUUAAGAAAAAUGCAGUGGAACUUAAAGUUGCGGCGAGGGAAGCGGUGGCUGAUGGUGGCUCUUCUGAUCGGAAUAUUCAAGAAUUUGUUGAUGAAAUUCUUGCUAGUGUAGUGGAUGAUAAUUGAUGAGAUGAGAUCAUUUGCAGAUAAUUGGGAUGAGAUCAUUUGUUGCCACCAAAUAAUUGGUCAUUUCUAGUCAUACUUUUUGUCAUUUUGUUAUUGAAAUUUUUAAAACUUUCUUUUUUGUGAUGGAAAAUUUAUUUUAUUUUCUUAGUGAUACCAACUUCCUCCGGUCUUAAAUAUA